AUGAAUAUCUUUGACCUCUACACAGAUUAUUUACAAAUAACACCUGGUCUGGCUACAGCUACAGGAUUAUCCAGCAUACUAGAUAAAGCAGUAUCCCAUGAUCAGGUAACGCGUAUGCUAGCUAACCAUGAGUCUGACAGUAAAGCUUUAUGGAGUACUGCUAAAUCUCUGGUUAGAGAGCAUGAGCAUAUUGAUGAUUGCUUAAUAUUUGAUGAUACUAUCCUGCAUAAACCUUAUACAGAUGAGAACGAGGUUAUAUGCUGGCAUCAUGGCCAUGCUACUGGUAAAAGUGUAAAAGGUAUAAACCUGCUUACAACUUUUUACUAUAGCCAAAAUAUUGAGCAACCAUUAAAAAUACCUGUAGCUUUUGAUAUCAUAGCUAAGUAUACUUACUGUGAAAUCAAGAGCAAAUCUGAAGUAUGCAAAAGCCCAGUAACGAAGAAUGAGCUAAUGCGUAAGCAGAUAUUACAGUCACUUAAGAAUCAGAUCAAGUUCAGUUAUGUUCUUGCUGAUUCUUGGUACUCCUCUGGUGAGAAUAUGAAGUUCAUUCACCAACGGAAGAAGUACUUUAUAUUUGAUUUAAAAUCCAAUCGCCUAGCAACCUUUGGCGAUAGGAAUAAACCUAACUGGACAAAUAUAAGCCAAUUAGAUUUGCAAGCAUUUAAGCCCGUACGUCUUUAUAAACAAAGACAAUUCAAUUGGUAUCAGAUACCUUGCUACUAAUAAUCUGGAUUUAACCAGUGA